GCCUUGAUUGCGGCUUUCACAGGGGCAGGUCUUAGACAGGCUGAACGGCGACAGGCCCGUUGUUUCUGGCUUUAAAUCCACUUGAUCCUGGCUGUGUGUGUCCGUGGAGCAGGAGUCAUGGCUCACCGCUCUCUGUGCGCUCUCUAUCUGCUGCUGGCGCUCCAGCUGCUGCCGCUGCAAGUUCUGACCCAGGGGGACUUCAACCUGGGGGAUGCUGUGGAUGAUGGCACAUCACCAACGGUUGCUACACCAAAACCAGCAGCACCAGCAGGGCCAGCAGGAGGACCAGGAAAAGAGCUUAGUCUUGAUGAUUUUUUUGAUGCCACAACCACCACCAAAGCCCCACCCAAGGUUGUGCCUAAGGUCCCCUCAAGCACCAAGGCCCCAGCCAAGCCCAAACCCAAACCAGCUGCUGAUGACUUUGACCUGAGUGAUGCCUUGGACCCCAACAAUGACAUUGGUGGCAAGGAUAAGAACAAGGGGCAGGGAGGUGGAUUUUCUGACCGCGAUCUCAUUGAUGUGAGUAAAGAUGACUCCUACAAACCCGACAAAGGCAAAGGGGGGCGACAAAGUGGCGAAGAUCAGAUUAACCAGUAUGACGACAAUGGUGAGACCACAGCAGAGGUGGGCACCAUUGCAGGGAUUGCUAGUGCGGUUGCCAUGGCACUGGUGGGUGCGAUCAGCAGCUACAUCUCCUACCAGAAGAAGAAGCUGUGCUUCGGUAUACAGCAGAGCCUGAACACUGACAUGGUGAAGGCUGAGAACCCCGACGCAGUGGUGGCGACAGAACCACAAGUCCAGCAGACUCUCUUGGAGCCGCCCAGUGCUGAGCCUCCAACUGAAGAGAAUGCAGUGUAACACACACAAAGGUCACCCACCUACAUGUGCACCCUCACACACACAAAACGCACAUACACCCGCACACACACACAAACACACACUCACAGCCAUGCUACAGGGCAGACUGUUGUGUAGCAUGUCAUGUUGAUCCUGUAGUUUGUGCUGCAGAAGCUGAGAUUUAUAGUCCUUCUACGCUGAAUGUGGUUUUUAUUCUCUAGCCAAUUAUGGAAUUUUGACAAAUGUAUGUGUACAUAGUAAUUUGUUGUUUUGACGCCACUAGCGAUGUUAGUUUCAGUUAUCUGUGGGCUGAAGCUGCGGUUGUAUCGUUUUGCCCAGAUCCAGACGUAAACGGUGUGGGGGGGCGGAAAACAACACAAAAAGGAGUUGAUCUUAUUGUGUUGGUGAGAGAAACUCAACCGGGCAUCUGUGAGUAUGUGUCAAGCUACUCUGAGUUCACAGAGGUUUAGCUAGUGGACAUUAAACUGGGUUUCAGGUGGAUUACUUUACGACUCGUUAACAUUUGGGACAAUGACGAGUAAGUAACCUGCAGCCUGAUUUUAAACAAAGAGCCUGAACAUUGAGUAUUUUGUGCAGCUAAACUUCAAGUGAACCAGAGAAUGCUGUGACACAUACCCUUUUAUUUUUUAUUUUUAUUGUAAUAAUUUUUUUUCUGUGAAUGAAAGAUGUGAAUUGUAAUCAGGAAUAUCUCAUUUCCUUACUUGUUAUGAAAUGCAGCAGUUUUCCUUUUUUAUUUUUUUGGACAGAAAACUGAUUUUCUGUCAGCAUUUACUUUGGUUAAUUAGAUCUAAACUUGAACAACCCUUCACAAAAACAAGGAACAGAGAUCUAGUGAAUGAGCAACAUUUAACGAUAUUCCCCAGACUCCUCGUCAUAGCCUUGUGGCGACUGAAUGCCUUGGUAAAUGUUGUGAUGGCGUGGAAAUGAUUCACACACGGUUGUCAGCUCAUAGAACCUGAAAGUUUAAUCAUCUAAUGUUGAUAGAGACUAAUUAAUCCUACAAAAUGUGACAUUUUUAUUUAAUUUAUUACGUUUUCAUUUUGCUAUGAGGGUGUCAUAAUGAGUGAUUAGUAUAAUAAUGUUACAUACAUUAAUAAUUCAGGGUCAGUGAACUAUCUAAACAGGCUUAAUCACAGUUUGACCCACUUGGUAUAUGUAUUUUAAAGGCUUCACUGUUAUCUAAGAAAGUCCAUUGCGAAGUAAGGUAGUCAUGGAAUUGGAGUUACUGCAUGUAACUACUGUUUACAUCAUAUGACAGAUCAUUUGUUGCUGCGUGUAGGUCUAUCCACUUCCUCCUCACGUAAUGUACAAAGUUGCCUUAUUCAGAUUUGGAUCCUUUUUGCAGUGAGAAAAAAAAAAACAAGGCAUCUAAACAUUUCUGUCUACAGCCUGUGACUUUUUAUAGUGUAAAUAGCCUAAUAUUAAAGAAUUGUUUCUGUUUUUGUUUUGACUAGCUUUUAAUUAAUUCCAAUGCCUAGUGACUGGAGCCUGGAGGAGUUUUCAAAGUGGGGAUGGCGAAACUCUCAGUGAACCACCCAUCAGCUUCUGUGUAAAGGGCUGGGGCGGUUCACGCAAAAGCAAUUUAAGUUCAAAAGAAGAGUUAAAAGUUCAGAAGUUUGAACAUAGUGCCAAAUAUGGAACAUCAGAUAAGCACUCACCGCACUUGAUGUAAAAAAAAUUUGAUGCUAGCUAAAUCAGUUCCACUGCAGUUUAAGCUUCAAAAUGCACAGCAUGUGCUUUCUCUGUUCAUCUGAAAGGGAUUUUCUUCAGUGGAAAAAGAUGAAAUCUCAGCACUUUGUUCCGGU